AUGUUAUCGGCCGUCGCCUGUUCGUGCGUGCGAAACGGUCGGAAAGGCUCGGUCCAUGUAGCUAGGUUGUCGCUCUUAUCAUCGGUUAAGCGCUCGACCAGGACCCUGAAUCUGACAGGGGGACAGGAUUUGUCACAACACCGGUCACCGACUCCCUGGCAGCUGCUAUCCGCCAGAUUUGUGUCCCUAUCAGCCGCUUCACAUGGAGACACAGACCCUCUGGGCUCCCCUUCAGCCCCAGCCGAGAGCGACCCACCGAACCGCGAGCACUUCGGCUCCCUUUCCGGCGGCAUGUCCUCCAGGAGGUCGUUCAAAAAGACCAGCUCAUACCUGCAGAACCUGCAGCACCAAGAGGACGACGACGGGGAGGAAAAGGCGACGAGACCUCGCAGGAGGUCCGGAGCGAGUAACACACCGUACUGGUACUUCUUAGAGUGCAAAAAGCUGAUCAAAGAGAACAAGCUGCAGCAGGCGUUGGAUUUUUUCAGCAAAGACAUGCUGCAGGGAGAGAGGCUGCAGCCGGAGGAGAUCAACUACAGUGUCCUGAUAGGAGGCUGUGGUCGAGCGGGGCAACUCAAGAUGGCCUUCAGACUCUACAAUGAUCUGAAGAAGCGAGGUCUAGUUGCUACGGAUCACACCUACACCGGGCUGUUCAAUGCCUGCGCUGAGACACCAUACAAACAAACCGGUCUCCAGCAAGCGUUGAAGUUGGAGCAAGAACUCCGUCGCAAAAACAUCCCCCUCAGCACCAUCACGUACCACGCCCUUCUCAAGACGCACGCCAUCACCAACCACCUUCAAGCCUGUAUUCACACGAUCAGGGAGAUGCUGCAGAACGGCCAUGCUGUAACUCAGGAGACGUUUCACUAUCUGCUGAUGGGCUGUUUGAAGGACAAACAAACUGGAUUCAGACUGGCUCUGCAGGUUUGGCGCCAUAUGCUGAGGUCAGGGAUUCUUCCGGACUCAAUGAACUAUAACAUGCUCCUGCAAACUGCUCGGGAUUGUGGGAUUGGCAAUCCUGCCCUGACCACUGCCGUGCUGCUGAGGACUGUACAAGAGUAUGAGAGGGAACGUGUGUCACGCGUAAAGUCAACGUCUGGACGCAAGGAGCUGAUAGACAUUGACCUCCUGGAGAGGCAGUUGUGUAUUCAGCCUGAACCACACAGUGACAGUCAGCAGGACAACAGAGGCAGCGAGGAGGAGUCCGACAGAAGACCAGACUCGACCCAUUUGGUGCCAGUCAGACAAGUCACCUCACUGCCUGUUGACUUAGCAGGAGAUUCCACAGCCCCUAACCUACUGGACCUUUUUGAGGGUAAAAGGAGUGCUGUGGUCUCCCUCGGCACCGUGGACGGAGCAACAGAUAGGCUCGCCCUCAUCGGAGGAGCUAAAGGUUUCCUGGAGAAGAUGGCAGCUAACAGACUCAGUCCAGACCUCAGGACUCUGGCACUGCUGGCCGACAUGAUGGAGCCUGGAUACCAGUCCCUGCAGAUGCUACUGGUUGCCGCCAAGGAGCACAAAGUGAAACUUGACGUCGGGUUUUUUAACUCUGUGAUUCGCAGAGCAGCCAGAGCUGGUGACCUUGAGGAGGCAAAGUCUGUGUUACGUGUGAUGCGACAGCGUAAUGUAAACACUAACGUGCAGACAUUUGGAAGUCUUGCAUUAGGCUGUGAUCGACAGCAGGAAGGGCUGCAGCUGCUGAAAGACAUGCAGGAGGCGGGAUUCAAGCCUAACGUCUACACGUUCUCUGCUCUGAUUGGCCGAGCAAGUCGAAGACUGGAUUACGUUUACCUUAAAACACUGCUCCAAAAUAUGAGAGACAUGUCGGUGUGGCCUAAUAAAGUCAUCAUCAAACAGCUGGAGUUUGCCUCAAAGUAUCCUUCCAACUAUAACAAGUACCAGUCCAGAAACAACUACCUGGUCCAAAUCGAUGGUUUCCGUGGUUACUACCAGCAGUGGCUGAGACACAUGCCUGCUCAGAGCGCUGUGGACGAGCAGGCAGAGCUGCAGUCUGAGAUGGACGCUGCAGUGCUGAAAACAGAAGCUGCAGAUGGACUGACAGAGUCCGAAAGGAACAUGAGAGGGGCAGCACGGAGAUAUGGCUCUCGUAACAAGGACAAGACGAGCAGAGCUGAUCUGUAACGGCACAGUGGAAAUAUCUCUUCUUUUCUCUCCUUGGUCCUCCGUGGGUCUGUUUGCAUUCAGCUGUGUAACCCUGGAUGGACUUCCGCUCAAAGUUGUAACUCAUGGAUUCAUCGUUAACUUAAUGCAGAUGCAUUUUUUUCUAAAGAUUGUUGUUAUUGAAAUGUAUACUGCAAUUAAAGAAAAAUUCAAGUACAUUAUAUUUUAUUUUUAAACCAC